AUGGAAGAAGUACUAAAAGCUCUUAUAUAUGCAUCCGAGCGCGCGGCUAACAUAGCGAGAUCUUGUUGCAACGAUUCCGCGAGUGAAUCAUUGCUUGUAGCCGAAAAAGGCGAAGGCGAGGCGAAUGCUCGGUUUGACAAGGAUUUUAAGACUAUUGCUGAUGUCCUUGCUCAAGAAUCUGCUAGGAACGAAGUAGCGUUUAAAUGCCCAAACCUCGCGAAGCAUUUUCGAGGCGAAGAGUGCGCAGAAAUAAAUGGAGUGAGCAUUAAACUACAAGAAAAUGUUGACAAGACUGCAGAGCUGUUGAGUUCUCUUGUGCCACAAAUAUCAGCUGUACGAAUGGCUGAGGCAGCUCAUAAUGCUAUAAACAUUACAAUCGAAGAGUUACCUAUAGAUUUACCUGAAAUAAACCCGGCUGAAUUGGGGGUUUGGAUUGAUCCUAUAGAUGCUACAGCUGAGUUCAUAGCUGGUGUUCGAGGUGAAGCAGAAAGUGAGCGAGGGCUUCCAUGUGUCACUGUGUUAAUUGGAGCAUACAGCAGGGCCACAGGAGAACCUGUUGUCGGAGUUAUUAAUCAGCCUUUUUAUAAUAAUGGCAGUGGCCGAAUAUUAUGGGGAGUAAACUACAAUGGCACACAGAAAUUCAACAUAUGUGAAAUAGAGACAGGGAACAAGACAAUACUUAUGAGUGCAGCAGAAAAUCCUGUACUAGCUGAUAAAUUUAAAGCAAAUGGAUGGUUAGUGAAAUCUGUGCCUGGUGCUGGACAUAAGCUGAUGAAAGUUGCUUUAGGAGAAGCUGCAGCCUACAUAGUAUCAAAAGGAACAACAUUUCGUUGGGACACCUGCGCUCCGCACGCCAUUCUAUGUGCAAAAGGUGGAGAUAUACUCUCCUACACUACUUACGUACCUGUAACAUACAAUGACCCAAUGAACAUUGACACACAACAAUAUGCCAAUGUGGAAGGCAUCAUAGCUUAUACAAAGCCAGAAGUCUUAGAUGAAAUUAAAAACAUUUUAAUUUGAAAUGUUUAUAAUUUGUUAUUUAUUUAUUGGAAUUAACCUUAGCCUGUAUCUGUACCUGAAAUAUUAAAUGU